AUGCCGGAUUCAGGCCAGGUCAACACGGAAAAGCAUGGCAACGAAGCCAUCCCCUCAAAGGGCGAAGAGCAGCCGCAGGCACAAAAUGCCAAUCCUCAGCUUGAGAAGCUGUCAGUAUUUACCAAACACGAGAAACGGUCAAUGGUUAUGGUCGGGUCCUUGGCGAGCUUUUUCUCGCCGUUGUCAUCAAGUAUUUAUUUUCCGGCGUUGGACACAAUCGCCACCGCUUUGAAUCAACCGACGUCGAAUAUCGAUAUCACAGUUACAACUUACCUUAUUAUGCAAGGUAUUGCACCCAUGUUAAUUGCAGGGUUCUCCGACUCGGCAGGAAGACGACCUGCAUACAUCAUCUGUUUCACUGUUUAUCUAGCGGCCAACCUCGGUCUUGGCCUUCAAAAUAGCUUUGCUGCUCUUUUGGUCCUUCGUUGUCUUCAAAGUGGAGGCAGUAGCGGUACGGUAGCACUGGCUAAUGGGCUUGUUGGUGACUUGGUUUCUUCCUCUGAGCGCGGGGCAUAUAUUGCAUUCUCUUCGCUUGGAUCCAUGUUAGGUCCUUCAAUCUCGCCCAUAAUCGGUGGUUUGAUUUCCCAAUAUCUAGAAUGGCACUGGAUUUUCUGGUUCCUUCUCAUAUUUUCAGGAGUAUUUUUCGCUUUACUCUUUUUAUUCUUACCAGAAACAUGUCGGAAAGUGGUCGCAGACGGAUCAAUACCGCCACCUGCUCUGAACUGGUCCCUAACUGACGCUAUUCGAUACCGGAGGCGUAAGAGCAAAGGAAUUGUUCCAGAUCCAGAGAAACUCGCCGAAGUCAGAAAGAACUACAGUUUUCGUAUCCCCUCACCACUACCGACAUUAAAGAUCUGCCUUGACUUGGAAACGGCUCUGAUACUAUUGCCGAUGGGGCUGAUGUUUGCUGCUUUUUAUGCAGUCAUGACCGGCGCCACUACAUCAUUCCAUGAUAUUUAUCAUUUCAACAACAUCGAGACGGCGUUGAUGUAUGUUCCUAUUGGCGCUGGAGGGAUCGCAUCUGCCUUCACGACCGGAUAUGUAGUAGACUGGAGGUAUCGUGUAAACGCCAAAAAGGCCGAUUUUCCAAUCUUAAAAAACGUUCGGCAGGAUUUGACUAAUUUCGAUAUUGAAAAAGCCAGGAUGGAAGCCGCAAUACCUGUCUACUAUAUCAGUGUUGCGGCAAUGAUAGCUUAUGGCUGGGUUGUCGGGAUAAAGGUUAAUUUGGCAGCUCCGGUCAUUCUUUUAUUUUUGGUCGGCUGGGGUUUGAACGCGAUCUCACAGGUGUUGAGUGCAUUGAUGGUUGAUCUCUGGCCAGACAGGGCUGCUGCUGCCACUGCAGCGAAUAACUUGUUUCGUUGCGAGCUAGGAGCUGCUGCCUCGGCUGCAAUCAGCCCCAUGGGUGCAGCCAUGGGCUGGGGAUGGGCAUAUACCACUCUAGGACUCAUCGCUGUAGCAGCUUCGCCCAGUUUAUGGUUUAUCAAGACCCACGGCAUGAAAUUUCGACAGAAAAGAUUGCGAAAACGGCGUGAGAAGGCGUCCAAGAGUCGUGGGUGA